AUGGCGUCUAUCAACGACCUCGCGACCGCGGCCACGAUCGCUUCGUCCGCCGUGGCUCUGCAGAGCUCGCCCCAGCAGCAGGCGUCACAGCCUGCUGCUCAAACAUCGCCCCCGCCCCAGGCGCCCCUAACCCCUUCUUCUGCGGCCGCGGCAGUGCCAGCCCCUGCCGCCAGCAGCAGCACCACCACCCCGGGGCCUACUCCGGCACCGGCACCGGCACCGGCUCCUCAGAACACGCCACCGGGACCCUCGGCUCCGGUGCUGGCAGCACCCCAGAUCUCGCCGUCGAAUCUGCCCCCGGCGCAGGUGCCUGCGUCAAAAUCACCGUCCGUGCCGGCGGCUGCUCCGGCUCCCGUGGACGGGGCCGUUGCAAACGCGGAUGGCGCCGCAGCCAAGUCAGCCGCUCCGCCGGCGGAGAAGAAGAAGCCGGUCCGGGGCGCCUUUAUCAUCUUCGAGGGCAUGGACCGCGCCGGCAAGACGACCCAGGCAAAGCUGCUCCAGCAGCGGUGCAUCGAGGAGGGCAGGACGGUGCGGUUCAUGCGGUUUCCUGACAGGACGACGCCGAUCGGUCAGAUGAUUGACGCAUACCUGAAGGGCCAGACGGAUAUCGAAGACCACGUCAUUCACCUCCUGUUCAGCGCCAACAGAUGGGAAGCACUGAAAACUAUCCAAAGCGCCCUGGCUUCAGGCACCACCAUCAUUUGCGACCGCUACUACCAUAGUGGCAUUGUCUACAGCGCGGCAAAGCAGAACCCUUCUCUUCCGCUGUCCUGGGCCAAAGCACCCGAGGUCGGACUGCCGCGGCCUGAUCUUGUCCUGUUCUUGGACCUCGAGGAGCAGGUCGCCCGUGAGCGCGGCGGCUGGGGAGGAGAGAUCUACGAGAAGGGCGAGAUGCAGCGACGCGUGCGCGAACUGUUCUGGGGUUUGAGUAUGGGCGAUGUUUCAUCCAACACCAAGGGCAAGGGGAGGGAGGAGAAGGCCGCCGGCGAGAACGGGGCCGAGAACGGCGCCCGGCGCAGCAGCAAAGCCGGAAGCGACGGCUUCAAGCCGGGCGGUGACAAGGGCGAGUUCAGGCAGGAGGAGGAGGAUAUCCAAAUCAUCGACGCGGACCUGAGCGUCGAGGAACUGGCCGAGCGCGUCUGGGAACAUGUCCUACCGCGUUUGGAGGCUGUUGAGAGGGGUGAAGUGGGAGACAAGGUGAGAGUCGUUAGAUGA